AUGAGCGACUCGUCAGGUGUACGUACACCUCAGCGCUCGCGUCCUCCCAGCGAGUCCUCCGCUCCUUCCCGCACUUCUUCUGCCGCAGAUGAAGAGUCAAAUGAUCGCCAGAAGUUCCAAAAUGAAAAUAAAAGAGAAAUGAAUGACAAACAGUGGCCUCAGAGCUCUGCAGACCCCCCCGAACACUCCGUCACUUCUGUCGCCCUGGCGCUCUACAAAGCAGGCCUUCAAUUCGAAAACCAGGGCAAACUGUCUGGGGCCAUUGGGCUGUACAGACAGGCCCUGAAGUUGAAUCCGGGGCUCGACAAAGGCCUCGUCAGUUUGGAAGAAGAAGAAUCAAAACUUGAAAAAGAAGUCCAAUUCCCCAGCAGCAGCUCGCAGCAGCAAAGUGACAAACACGCAGAAGCACAGCGCAGCAGCAGCAGCAGCAGCGGCAGCGGCAGCAGCAGCAGGAGGGGGGCUGGGCGGCGCGAAGAGGGAGCUGCAGCAGCAGACGCGCACGCGGGACCAUCAUCUUCAGCAGCAGCAGCACCAACAGCACCAGCAGCAGAUGCAGCAGCAGCAGCAGAUGCAGCAGCAGCAACAGAUGCAGCAGCAGCAACAGAUGCAGCAGCAGCAGCAGCAGCAGCAGUUCCUGGUCCAAUAAUGAAAGUUCCGGAACAUGUUUUGGGGCGGGUGCUGCUCUUUCUGGACGUCUACGCAAUUGCCAGGUAUUUGUUUUUAGGAAAUUAA